AAAAAUAUAUGAAAGUAUAAAAAAAAAAAAAAAAACAUAAACCGGGUUGACCCGGUUUUAAAACUUUGAAUGCAGGGCAACAAGGAGAGAUUUUGUGCUCCUAAAAAACGCAGAUGCAGGGCUCCAUGGCUUCUUCCGUCUUUUCUCUGCCUUGGUUACUUACAACGCCCAAAGCUCAAAGACAAAGACCCGCUCUUCUUCCAUGCCCUAAUUUCAUUCAACCUCACUUAACCUUCAAAUUUCCCAGAUUAGGGAUUUCUUAUUCAAAAAGAAAGGAAUCAAGACUUGUGAUUUCUUGUUUGGUUGAAGAUAAUCCUGAAGCGUGUCAAGAAUCAAAUCCCGGAGCAACAAUAGACCUCAAACUCCCAAGAAGAAGCUUGUUAUUACAUUUUACAUGCAAUUCUUGUGGUGAAAGAUCAAAAAAGCUCAUAAACAGAUUAGCUUAUGAAAAAGGGACAGUUUUUGUACAGUGCACAGGGUGUUUGCAGUAUCACAAACUUGUUGACAAUCUGAAUCUUGUGGUUGAAUAUGAUUUAAGGGAGGAAACAGAUAUGAGUUCUGAUACAACAGAUCAAGUUUAGGAAAUCAACAUGAAUUUAUAUUUAUGUUGUAAAUUUUGAUCUGGAUUUUGCUUUUGCAUAGAUAUAUAUUUAUUUGCAAGGAGUUUUGAAUCAUAUAAUGUUUGGAAAACAUACAACUUGAUAAAAGGAGAAUCCAAUGAACAAAAAUGCUAACUUUUAAUUACAUCUUCACUGGAGAGUGUACCUCUUUUCAAUGUGUGGAAAUCACACUUUGACCAUUGGAAAAUGUAUCUAUUUUUUUUUUUUUUUUUGUCAAUAUAAUCAACCACUUAGAUUCUAGCAAAUGUUUUG